AUGGCUACUCCAUAUAAAAAAUUAUCAAUAAGGAAAUUUGCCAAACACGUUGACAAUAGUACCGAAGAGUCAAGAUAUUGGAGCAGAUUUAAGGUAACGAAAUUUGCUCCUGGAAAUACGCAAGUUCUCUCUUGUUCAGAUGAUAAAACUGUUCGAAUUUGGGAUAUACCUGGUCAAGAGCCUGUGUCAGUUCUCGAAGGACAUCAGGAUUAUGUUCGAUCUGGUUUAAUACAUAAUGGCGAUCCUCGCUUAGUUUUAUCGGGCUCUUAUGAUCAAACAGUGAAACUUUGGGAUUUGCGUACAAAUACUUGUACCAUGACUUUGAUGCACGAAGCACCUGUAGAAGAAGUCUUAUUAUUUCUUGAUGAUCGAACAGUAGUUUCAGCAGGUGGACCGACUAUAAAAGUUUGGGAUAUUAAUGGUGGAGGUCGAGUUAUAUAUUCUUUGUCGAACCAUCAAAAAACGGUUACUUCCAUGUGCUUAAAUUCAAUGCAUUCUCGACUUCUUACUGGAUCUUUGGACCGUCACGUCAAAGUUUAUGAUACAAAAAAUUUUGAAGUUGUGCAUGGAUUAACAUAUUCCGAUCCAAUUUUAAGCCUCGCAAUUUCACCUGAUGAAACUCACUUCGCAGUCGGGAUGACAUCAGGCACCUUAGCUGUGCAAUUCCUUAAAAUUGAAACGCCUUCAAAACGUGUAAAAGAACCACCUAAACCAGGCACUUACCAAUACUUUAUUCGCGGUUUCAAUCACAGUGGCAGUAAGGAUGAUCAUGUAAUAGAAGCUAAACGUAAAGAGAAACUGGCGAUGUAUGAUCAAUACUUGAGGAAUUUUCAAUAUUCAAAUGCACUUGAUGCUGUGUUAAGACCCACUACACUUCCCAUUUUGACGGUUUCGUUAAUUCAAGAACUUAUACUACGCGAUGCUUUAACAAUAGCCAUUUCUGGACGUGAUGAAACUUCUUUAGCACCUUUAAUCAAAUUUGUGAACAAAUGGAUAACAGAUCCAAAAUAUAUGAACCUUAUGGUCGAUGUUGCGCAAGUCAUACUUGAAUUGUAUUCCCCAGUGAUUGGACAAUCUCACACCAUAACAAAUCUUAUCAAGACUUUACAUCAAAAAGUAAAAGAUGAAAUUUCUAUACAAUUAGAAAUGGCUAAAGUAAUAGGUUCUGUAGAAAUGAUCUUUAAUGGUGGCGCGUUAAGAAAUAAGAAACAAAAAUAA